AUGGAACUAAGACUUUUUACAACUUCAUCAAUUUUACCAACAUUAUCUAUUAAAGAAUUACAAAAAAUUGGUUUAUUCCAUCAUCGACAAAUGUUAGAAAAGCAGAUCGAACAUAUAUACAUAUGGUUUAUAUUGGGUUUAGGUGGUCAAAUGAAUAAUUCAUCAUUGAUUAUAAACAAUCGACCAAUUGAACUUAUUGCUAGUAUAGUUGAGAUAGCUGAUGGUCAACCACUUGGUGAAAGUGUUAAAGUUGCAAAUGAUGAAAAUGGUCUUGCAGCAUUAGUAUUCGAUUCCACAACAUUAACUGAUAAAUGUGGUUAUAUAGCAAAAGCAACAAAUAUUGUUGGAAGUGUUGAACAAAAGAUUAAUCUUGAUGUUAAAGAAAUCAAACCAACAAUUGUUCGUGAUCUUGAAGCGGCUAUUAAUGCCACCAAAGGUCAACCUAUGACAUUGACUAUCGAAGCAACUGGUAAUCCUAAACCAACAGUUAAAUUUUUCCGUGGCGCAGAUGAACUUGUUGCAACUGAAGGUCAAAUAGAAUUGAAAGAAUCAGAAGAUGGUCAGACAUUCACAAUUACAAUUCUUAGUAUGCAACCAAAUCAUCAAGGUGAAUAUACAGCAACUGUUCAAAAUACAGGUGGAAUGGCUAAAAGUAAAAAAUGCAAAGUUACGGUCACAAAAUCUCCUGAAAUCAUACGAGCACCACUAGAUUUAACACUUGCUGAAAAAUCGGAAGCCGUUUUUGAAUGUGAAAUAGAUGCUUAUCCAGCAGCUAAAGUGACAUGGAUUCGUGAUGGUAAAGCAUUAACAACUAAAGAAGGGGUUGAAAUGCAAGCACAAGCUGAUAAAGGUAUUUAUACACUUCGUAUUCCACAAGCUGAUACAACCAAACAUAUGGGUACAAUAAUUUGUCGUGCAGAAAAUCCGAUUGGUAGUAUUGAGCAUCCAGUUCAGUUAAACAUUACUACAGGACCAACAUUAAAAGCACAAUUAAAAGAUACUGAAGUAUUACGAGGACAAGAUGCCAUAUUUGCUGUUGAUGUUCAAGGUUUUCCAAUACCAGAAAUAAUUUGGACACGUGGUGAUAAAGUACUUGAAGCUGAAAAUGAAAAGAUUUCAUUAUCUGAAGAUCGAAAACAAUUAACAAUACAUAAUGUACAAAUUGAAAAUGAAGAUGAAUAUAAUGUUCGAAUACAUAAUGAAUUUGGUGAAAUAACAAGUAAAGCUAAAUUAAAUGUCUUAGAACUUCCUGAAAUUCAACCAUUGUUAGAAGAUAAAAAUGUUCAGAUUCGUGAACAAACUGAAUAUUCAACAACAAUAACUGGUCGCCCGUUACCAGAAAUUCAAUGGUUAAAAAAUCAAAAACCAUUAAGUGCAUCUCCACCACAUAUUCAAAUUGAAACUACUGAAGGUGAAGUUAUUAAGACUACACUACGUAUUGAUAAUAUUCAAUCCGAUGAUGAUGGUACAUAUACAAUUCGUGUAAAAAAUCGUGCUGGACAAAAAGAAUCAACAUCAAAAUUAAAUGUUUUAGCUAAAUUAGCAUUUCUUAAAGGAUUUAAAGAUGAAAAUGUUAUACAAGGACAACCAAUUACAUUUCAAUGUCAAAUAGAAGCUAUACCAAAACCAAAAGUAACAUUUUAUUUAAAUGAUCAAGAAUUAAAAUCUGGAGGAAAAAUAAAAGUUGAAUCAAAAGGAGAUACACAUAUAUUAUCAUUUUCAAAAGUUGAUUUACCUGAUAGCGGUGUUAUUAAAGCUAUAGCUGAUAAUGGUUUAGAAAAAGAUGAAAUAAGUGCAAAAUUAAAUGUUUGCUUAAAACCAAGUCUUGUUGGAAAACCUACUGAUGCUCAAGUAUCAAUUGGACAACCAGCAAGAUUACAAUGUACUUUUACUGGUUUACCAAUGCCUGAAUUGAAAUGGUCACGUGUUGAUGGACAACCUUUAAAUGAAGGAAUUGAAAUAGCUAAUGAUGAAAAUCAAGGUAUUGCUGCAUUAGUUUUUAAUUCAUCUACAAUGGCUGAUAAGGGAGCAUAUGUUGUUAAAGCAACAAAUGUUGUUGGAAGUGUUGAACAAAAACUUAAUCUUGAUGUUAAAGAAAUCAAACCAACAAUCGUUCGUGAUCUUGAAGCGGCUAUUAAUGCCACCAAAGGUCAACCUAUGACAUUGACUAUCGAAGCAACUGGCAAUCCUAAACCAACAGUUAAAUUUUUCCGUGGCGCAGAAGAACUUGUUGCAGCUGAAGGUCAAAUUGAAUUGAAAGAAUCUGAAGAUGGUCAAACAUUUACAAUUACAAUUCUUAGUAUGCAACCGAAUCAUCAAGGUGAAUAUACAGCAACUGUUCAAAAUACAGGUGGAAUGGCUAAAAGUAAAAAAUGCAAAGUUACAGUUUCAAAAACUCCAACAUUUACUCGUGCACCACAAGAUUCAACUGUUCCAGAUAAAUCUGAAGCAGUUUUUGAAUGUGAAGUAGAUGCCUAUCCAAAUGCUAAAGUAACAUGGCUUCGUGAUGGUAAAGCAUUAACAACUAAAGAAGGUGUUGAAAUGCAAGCACAAGCUGAUAAAGGUAUUUAUAUACUUCGUAUUCCACAAGCUGAUACCACCAAACAUAUGGGUACAAUAACUUGUCGUGCAGAAAAUGCAAUUGGUACUAUUGAGCAUCCUGUUCAAUUAAAUAUUACUACAGGACCAACAUUAAAAGCACAAUUAAAAGAUACUGAAGUAUUACGAGGACAAGAUGCCAUAUUUUCUGUUGAUGUUCAAGGUUUUCCAAUACCAGAAAUAAUUUGGACACGUGGUGAUAAAGUACUUGAAGCUGAAAAUGAAAAGAUUUCAUUAUCUGAAGAUCGAAGACAAUUAACUAUUCAUAAUAUUCAAAUCGAAGAUGAAGAUGAGUACAAUGUUAAAAUACAUAAUGAAUUUGGUGAAGUUACUAGUAAAGCUAAACUUUCAUGUUUAAUAACACCAAGUAUAUCACCAUCAACCAUGGAUGAUAUAACUUUACAACGUGGUGAUGAAAGUGAACAUCAAUUUGAAAUUGAAGGUCGUCCACAAGUUGAUAUAACUUGGUUGAAAAAUGGUAAAGAACUUAAAUUAACUGAAAAUCCAAAUUAUUUAUUCACAUCCGAUAAAGAAAAUAAUAAAGAAUUAUUUAAAAUUAUGAAAGCUGAUGGUGAUGAUCAAGCACGUUAUACAUUACAAAUAAAAAAUAAAGCUGGUAAAGCUGAAGUUAAUAUCAAUGUUAUUGUUAAAGCUAGUUUACAAUUUGUUAAAAAACUUACUGAUGUUGCAACUGUCGUCGGACAACCUGUAACAUUUACAUGUGAAUGUUUUGGUUUACCAAAACCAACCGUAAUUACAUGGUAUUUUAAUGAUAUUGAAUUAAAAGGAACAGCAAAAUAUAAAAUUGAAUCAAAAUAUCCUUUAAUAACAUUAACGAUAAAUAAAACUGAUUUAAUUGAUAUUGGUAAAUAUCGUGUUGUUAUUACAAAUGGUGAACAAACAAUUGAAAGUGAAGGUAAUUUAUUAGUACAAACAAAACCAAAAUUAGAAGGUAAACCACAAGAUGCACAACCAAUUAUUGAAGAAACAGCAAGAAUACAAUGUAAAUUUUCUGGUUCACAACCAUUUACUGUCACAUGGUUAAAGAAUGGUGAACCACUAACAUUACCAAAUGAUAAUAUUGAAGUUAUUAGUGAAGUUGAUAGUGGUAUUCAAGCACUUGUAUUUAAACGUGUUGAUAUCGAAGAUAAAGCAAGUUAUACUGUUCAAGUUGCGAAUAUGGUUGGACAAGCCGAAGGAAAAAUGACUUUAGCACCAAAAGAAAUAAAACCAACAAUAAUUACGGAUCUUGAAGGCAGAACUGUUCAAAAAGGUGAACCAUGUGAAUUAACAAUAAUUGCUGAAGGUAAAGCACAACCAAAAUGUCAAUGGACAUUUAAUAAUCAAGAUUUAACAUUAAUACCUGGAGAAAUUGAAUCUGUUGUUGAUGAAAAUGAUAAACGUAUAUAUCAUUUACGAUUAAUAUCAACACAACCAAAACAUAUUGGUGAAUAUUCAUGUACAUUAACAAAUGGUGGUGGAAGUAUAAAAUCGAAAAAAGUUAAAAUAUCUUGUGAAAAAUCACCACAAUUUGCUUCUGAAACUGGUAAAACAGUUAAAGUUAUUCAAGGUGAUGAUGCUCGAAUUGAAAGUCCAAUUGAUGCUUAUCCAAUACCAAAAUUUGCUUGGAGUCGAACAUCCGAUAAUAAAACUUUAACGGAAAAAGACGGUAAUUAUUCAUUUGCAUUUGAUACAGAUAAAAAUGCAUCUGUAUUAUUAAUAAAACAAGUUAAUAAAGUUGAACAUGAAAAUGAAUAUAUAUGUCAAGCAACCAAUGAAUUUGGUUCAGCUGAAAUGCGUACAAAAUUACUUGUUCUUAUUCGACCACAUUUUAUUGAACAGUUAAAAGAUACACAAGUUCAUGAAUUUACUGAACAAUAUGCCAUUGAAUAUCAAGCUGAAGCUUAUCCUGAACCAACAAUACAAUGGACACGAAAUAAUGAAAUUAUUCCAUCAUCAUCCAAUGAAUUUCGUAUUGAAAAAAAUCGUUUAAUUAUACUUGAAACCAAAUUAGAACAUACAGGUACAUAUGGUGUUAAAUUAACCAAUGAAGUUGGUGAAAUUGAAUCAUCUAUGCAAUUAACAAUAACCGAACGACCGAUUGAAAUUGCUAAACAUCUUGUUGAUCUAAAUGGUGUUGAGAAAGAUACAAGUAUAUUUGAAUGUGUCUUUACAAAACCAAUUGAACGUGUUAAAUGGCUUAAAAAUGGUAAAGAUCUACCAGAUGAACCACGUUUUCUAUGUAAAGGUGAACCAAAUCAACGUUAUUUUCAAUUAGAAAUUCAUUCAUUAACACUUGAUGAUACAGGAGAAUAUUCAUGUAUUUAUGAUGAAACAACAAAUUCCAAAGCAAUGUUAACAGUUGGUGAAUUACCAGUUGAUUUUGAAAAACCAUUAUCAAAUCAAUCAUUAACUGAAUAUGAUACAUUAACACUUGAAUGUAUUGUAACAAAAGCAAAUAAACAAGUUAAAUGGUUUUUUGAUAAUCAAGAAAUUCAAGCAAAUGAUCGUUGUCGAUUUGAAACUGAUGAGAAAACUCAUCGAUUAAUUAUUAGUAAUAUGUCACCGAAUGAUGAAGGAAAUUAUGAUGUUAUUACUGAAAGUGAUCGAAAAAGUUCAGCAUUUGUUAGUGUUAAAGAAAUUCCUGUUGAAUUUAUUCGUCCGUUAACUGAUGUUGAAGUUCAAGAACGUGCAUCAGAAUUAAUUCUUGAAUGUGAAUUAAAUAAAAAUGUUCAUGUUGAAUGGUAUCGUUUAUCAACACAAUUAACAUCCUAUACAGAAGAACAACGUAUUAUACUUGAACAGAAUGAUCUUGUUCAUCGUUUAAUAAUAAAAAAUAUUCAAAUGAAUGAUAAUGCAACCUAUUCAUGUCGUUAUCCAUCACAAAAUGUUGAAUCAUCAUGUAAAGUACAUGUUACGGAAUUACCAUUAGGUUUUGUACAAGGUUUAAAUGAUGAAUAUGUCAUAACUGAAAAUGAUGAUUUAAUAUUAGUUGUUGAAUUAAAUAAAAUGAAUUUAUUGAAAUAUGAAUGGCUUAAAGAUGGUGUUGUUAUUGAAAAUAAUGAUCAUAUACGAAUGAAUGUUCAAGGUGAAAAAUAUCAAUUGAAAUUAACUGAUGGUAAACUUGGUGAUCAAGGUAAAUAUACAUUUCGUAUACCUGAAGUUAAUCUUGAAACAAGUACAAAUGUUAAAAUAAAUGAAUUACCUAUUUAUUUUACACGAGAAUUAAAAGAUAUAACAACAGCGAUGGAAAAUACACAAAAUUAUCAAUAUGAUUGUGAAAUAAAUAAAGAAAAUAAAAUAGCACAAUGGUUUAAAGAUGAUGAACAACAAGCAUUAGUAUCAAAUGAUGAAAUCAAAAUACAAACUAUUGGACGUAUACAUGCAUUAGUUUUUAAUUCAGUCCAAACUAAACAUGCUGGAAAAUAUACAUGUCAAUUUACUGAUGAAAUUAAAUCGAUUGGUGCAUUACGAGUUGAAGAUGCUCCAACGGAAUUUGAAGUUGGUUUACAAAAUACAAUUGUUAUUGAAGAUGAACCACUUAUAUUAGAAUGUACACUUACAAAAGAUCGACCGGAUGAUGUAGUUACAUGGACAUUCGAUGGUGAACCAUUAAUUAUUGAUAAUGAACGUAUUAAAGUUACAAGAGAAGGUCCGGUGAUUAAAUUAGUUAUUGAUGAAUGUCAAUUGACUGAUGAAGGACGUUAUCAAGCUGAAAUAAAUGGUAAAACAAGUAAAGCAUCUGUUACUGUUAAAGAGAAAAAACUACAAUUUACUCGUCCAUUACAAAAUAUUGAAUGUGAUGAAUGGUCAAAAUGUAUACUUGAAUGUGAAAUUAAUAAACGUAAUGUACAAUCUCGUUGGUAUAAAGAUCAAUCAGAAAUUUAUCCAAAUGAUCAAUAUCAAUUUGAAAUUGAUAAUAAAAUUCAACGUUUAAUUAUCACUCGUGUUGAAUUAAAUGAUACAGCUACUUAUGAUUGUGUUUGUCGACAAGAGAAAACAUCAGGAAAAUUAACUAUUAAAGAAUUACCCUAUGAAUUUAUUCGUCCAUUAGAUGAAAGUGUAACUAUUGUUGAAAAACAACAAUUAGUACUUGAAUGUGAAACAAAUAAACCAUUACAAGAUAAUUUAGCUGUAUGGACACGUAAUGGACAACCUCUUACACAUAGUCCUCUUGAUGGUAUACUUAUAAAAACACUUGAUAAAGUUCAUACAUUAACUAUAUAUGAAUGUAAAAUGAAAGAUGAUGGACAAUAUCAAUGUACAAUAAAACAAGCUAGUACAACAUGUCUAGUAAAGAUGAACGAAGCACCUGUUGAAUUUGUACGUCCACUUGAAAAUUUAACAGUGACAGAAGGUCAACCAUUAAAAUUAAGUUGUACAUUAAGUAAAGAAAAUUGUACAGUUAUAUGGUUGAAAGAUAUCGAAGAAAUACCAAUGACUGCAGAUGAAAAUAAUCGAUUUGAAGCCACCAAUGAUGGAAGAGUUUAUCGAUUAGAAGUUAAAGAAUCGAAAAUGAUCGAUGCUGGAAUGUAUACGAUUAAAGUUGAAGAUAAAGAACAAUCUUGUCAAGUUACUGUUACAGAAGCACCAAUUGAAAUUGUUAUCCCAUUAAGUGAUAAAACAUGUGUUGAAGGUACAACGGAAUUUUCUGAAUUUUAUGUUGAAUUAAAUAAACCAAAUAUUAAUAUUAUAUGGAAAUGUGAUGAUGAACCAAUUGAUUUUACUAAUUCGAAAUAUUCAAAACUAAAUGAAAAAACCAAAUAUACAUUGGUGAUUCAUAAUGUUGAAUUAUCCGAUGAAAAAAUGUAUUCUUGUCAAGUUAGUGGUGGAACAUCAUCACGUGUUAAAUCUCAAGCACAUUUAACAAUUGAUGAAUUACCACCCGAAUUUGUUUUAACAACAACACCAUUACAAGAUCGUGAAUGUUUUGAAGAAGAAGAUGUUGAAUUUGAAUGUGAAUUAAGUAAAUCAAAAUGGAAAAAAACUGGACAAACAAUUAUAUGUAAAUGGUUCAGAAAUGGUGAUCGAGAAUUACGUUCAACAGCUAAAUAUUCUAUUGAUCGUUCCGGACCAAUACAAAAAUUAAUUAUUCAUAAUGCACAAUUUGAAGAUGAUGGAGAAUAUAGUUGUGUUAUUAUGGAUAAAACUAUUAAUGCUAAACUUACUGUUAAAGAAAUUCCUGUUGCAUUUACUCAAUUACUUGAAGAUAUUCAAACAACUGAACGCGAAACUGUUACAUUUCAAUGUGAAAUAUCCAAAACUCAUUCAACACGUACACAAACAGAAAUACCUAUUCAAUGGUAUCGUGAUGGUGUUAAAUUAGUUGGUGGUGGUCGAUUUGAAAUAUCCAAAGCAUCAUUAAAUAAACGACAAAUCUUAAAAGUUAUUAAUGCUAGUUUAACCGAUUCAGGUGAAUAUGCUUGUACAGCUGGUAGUGAUCAAAUACGUACAGUUGCUAAUUUAACUGUUGGUGAUCUUGAUGUUGAAUUUUCUCAAACAUUACAAGAUCGUACUAUACUUGAAGAUCAAACAUUAAUACUUGAAUGUGUUGUUAAUCGUACAGAUAAACCAAUAGCAUGGUUUUUUAAUGAUCAAAAAAUAGAAUCAGGAACAAAAUAUGAUAUUGGUCGAGAAAAAAAUAAAUUACGUUUAGUUAUUAAAAAUGUUACACUUGAUAAUGAAGGACAAUAUACAUGUCGUGUAGCUGAUGUUAAAACACAAUGUAAAGUUAUUGUUGAUGAAGAAAAUGUUCGUUUUAUUGAACGUUUAACUGAUAUUGGAACAAAAGAAGGUGAAUCGGCUAAAUUUCAAUGUUCAGUGUCAAAAAUAAGUUACGUUAAAGCUAAACGUGAUAUUAAUUUUAAAUGGUUACAUGAUGGAAAACCUAUUGAAGACAAUGAUGAGAAAAAAUAUGCAUUUGAAUUUGAUAAAACACAAAAAGUAUUAAAAUUAACAAUUAAUGAUGUUGGUAAUGAUGAUAUUGGUAUAAUUACAUGUCAAGCCGAUGAUGUAACAACCAUUGGAAGAUUAAAUGUUGAAGAAAUUCCAAUAUAUUUUGUUCGUAAACCUGAAGAUCAAAUCUUAACUGAAUUACCAAAUAUAUGUUUAUUUGAAUGUGAAUUAAAUCGUGCAGGUGUACAAGUUAAAUGGUUACAUAAUAAGAAAGAAUUAGAUUUCAAAAAAGAUAAAAUUGAAUUUCAUAAUACAGAUACAAUUUAUCGAUUGAAAUUAUUACAAAUUGAUGUUGAAGAUCAAGGUGAAUAUGUAUGUGUAGCACGUGAUAAAAAAGCACAAGCAUUUUUAAAAUUACAAGUACCACCGAAAAUAAAAUCAUUUCAAGCAAAUUCAAAAUUAAUUAAACAUGAUCAAAUCUUAGUUAUUGAUGUUUUGUAUACAGGAUGGCCUGAACCAACCUAUGAAUGGAAUAAAACAAAUAAUAAAAUGAAAUCAAAAUUAAUUAAACAUGGACAUAUACAAAUGACAAUUGAUAAUACAAAACGAAGUGAUUCAGGUUUAUAUGAAAUCGUAUUGAAGAAUGAUUAUGGACAAGAUCAAAAGAAUGGUAAGAUUGAAGUACUUGAUAAACCAAGUAAACCAAAUAAUUUAAUGGCAAAAUUAAUUGAUAUUGGUGAAUGUGAAUUAGUAUGGGAAGAACCUGAAGAUGAUGGUGGUUCACCAUUAACUGGUUAUUGUAUUGAAAAAUGUGAAGAACGACGAGCUUCAUCAUGGGAUGAAGUUUGUGUGAUGAGUUUUGAAGAAAGAAAAACAAUUGUUAAUCGAUUAAUUGAUGGUGCUAAAUAUCGUUUUCGUGUUAGUGCAGAAAAUAAAUAUGGUCGAUCAGAACCAUGUGAAUAUCCGGAAACAAUACUUAUUAAGAGUCCAUUUGAUCCUCCAUCGACACCAGAAGCUCCUCUCAUUGAUGAAAUAUUUGCAACAACAUGUCGUGUUCAAUGGACACCACCAACUAGUGAUGGUGGUUCACCAUUAACAGGUUAUAUUGUUGAACGUCGUUUACAAGGUGCUACACGUUGGUCAAAAGUCACAAAACAACCAAUUAGUCCAGAUAUCACUCAAGUGAUUUCUGAAGAUCUUAUUGAAGGCAGUGAAUAUGAAUUUCGAGUUAUUGCUUGUAAUAAAGUUGCACAAUCAGAACCAAGUGCUCCAUCAAGAACUAUUAUAGCAAAAAAUCCAUUUGAUAAACCAGGUGCACCACUUGAAUUAGUUAUUGAUUCAGUUGGUAAUGAAUGGAUUGAAUUAAGUUGGCAACCACCGCUUUCCGAUGGUGGUUCACCAAUAACAGGUUAUGUUGUUGAACGACGAACACCUGGAAAUUAUAGAUGGCAUGCUCCAACUGAAGCAAGUGAAGGUACAACAGCAAAAAUACGUUCAUUACAUACAGGACAUAAAUAUGAAUUUCGUGUACGAGCACAAAAUCUAGCUGGUCUUGGUGAACCAUCGAAUUCUACCAAAGAAACUGAAAUACGAGCACCAGUUAUUGGUGAAAAACCAAGAUUUAUUCAAGAACUUGAACCUAUUACUGUUGUUACUGGACGAUCUGUAACAUUAACUGCACGUGUUAAAGGUGAUCCAACACCAGAAUAUCGAUGGUCAAGAAAUGAUCAUCCGAUUGUUGAAGAUGAUCAUGUCAAGUUAGAAGUUAAUGGUGAAACAGUUAAAUUAAUUAUUGCUGAAGUUGCACCAACAGAUGCAGGUGUUUAUGAAUUAAUAGCAGAGAAUGCUCUUGGUUCAAUUGAAUGUACUGCUCGAGUAACUGUACAUUCACCACCUGUUAUUGUCAAAUCGACGCCAUCACCUAUAAGUGUUGCUGUUGGACAAGUUUUAUAUAUAUCAUGCGAAGUUACUGGCUAUCCUCGACCAACUAUGGUUUGGGAACCAGAAAAUGACCGGGCACGUACUGAACAAUCGGAUACAUUUGUUGCUUUAUCUAUAUCACGAGCACGCGCAAAUGAAGGUGGAAAUUAUAAAUUAAUCUUAAAGAAUGUUGCUGGUACAGCCGAAGCAUCAUUUGAUGUACAAAUUCAAAAUGUUCCACAACCCGUACGUAAUCUUAAAAUUGAUAAUAUACAAGGUGAUUCAGCACAUGUAACAUGGGAAGAACCAUUAGAUGAUGGUGGUUUACCAAUAACUUCCUAUUAUGUUGAAUAUCGUGAUAUACGUCGUGGACAAUAUAUUAAAAGUGAACGUCUUACAGGUCAAACAUUAGAAUAUGAUCUUAGUCGUUUAACAAAAGGUUCAAAAUAUACUGUAAGAGUUUUAGCAGAAAAUAAAAUCGGUCAAUCAGAGCCAACAGAAAUAAGUGAACCAUUUAUUGCCAAAAAUCCAUUUGAUGUACCAGGUGCACCACGAGAACUUAAAGUAACUGGUGUAACAAGAUCAUCAUGCCAAUUACAAUGGUUACCACCUAAUAGUGAUGGUGGAGCACCCAUUCAAGGAUAUAUUAUUGAAAGACAAACAGAAAAACGUUGGGUUAAAGCGAUACCAACAUUAGUUGAAGGAACAACUGCACAAUUAAUUGAUUUAAUUGAAGGAGAUAUUUAUGAUUUCCGAGUUGCUGCUGUCAAUGAAGAAGGUCAAGGUCCAUAUAGUCGUCCAAGUGAAUCAGUGACUAUUAAAGAUCCAUAUGAUGUACCAACACAACCUGGACCUAUUGAUGUUAAUGAAUUAACUGAUACAUCAUGUACACUUUCAUGGAAACCACCUAUUCGUGAUAAUGGUAGUCCAAUUAUUGAAUAUAUACUUGAACAACGUUUUAAAUCUGAUCCAUCAUUUACACGUGUAGAAACAACAAUACCUAUUACUGAAUGUUAUCAUAAACUCAGUGAUUUAUUAACAAAUGGUGAAUAUGAAUUUCGUGUAGCUGCACGUAAUCAAGCUGGUUUAAGUGCAUAUUCUCAAACAGAUCGAUCUGUAUAUAUUCGAACUCCACGACAAGGUAUUGCACCACAUAUUGAAAAAUUCCCCAAUCAAACAAUAACUGCUGGUAGUCAAGGACGUAUUGAAGCAACUAUUACUGGUUCACCUGAACCAGAAAUAAUUUGGUAUCGAGGUGGUCGAAAACUUCCUCUAACAACUGGCCGUUAUACUUCAUCACUUGCCGAAGGUAUUCUUAUUCUUUAUAUCAAAGAAGUACAAGAAAAUGAUGCUGGAAAAUAUACAUUAGAAAUUCAAAAUGAUUAUGGUAGUGAUAGUAAAGAAAUUCAAUUAACUGUUUUAGCAGCACCUAAAAUUGACUAUGACUCAAAAUAUCGAAAACAAAUUAUUGUUGGACUUAAUUCAUCUAUACGUAUACCAUUCACAUUUUCUGGUUCACCUGAACCAGAAUUAACAAUUAGUCGAACAGAUGAAUCACAAGAAAAUCAUGCAACACUUGAUUUAUUUGAAAAUAGUGGUACAUUAUUAUUACGUCAAGCAACACGUAAAGAUACAGGUUUAUAUCGUAUACAAGCAACAAAUGAAUGUGGUACAAUCAAUGUACGUUUUGAUGUACUUGUUCAAACUGUUCCAUCACCACCUGGUGGACCAUUACAAGUAACUGCUAGUGGAAAAGAUUAUGCUAGUCUUGCAUGGCAUACAUGUCCAGAUGAUGGUGGAAGUGAAUUAGUAUCAUAUAUUAUUGAAAAACGUGAAGAAAAUAAAUCCAUGUGGACAAAAGUUGCGUCAACACGUCCAACAAAUACAACAUAUACAUGUAACGGUUUACUUGAUCAAACAAGUUAUUUAUUUAGAAUAUUUGCAGAAAAUGAUAUAGGUAUAAGUGAACCAUUAGAAUUAGAACAUACUGUUACAGCUAAAUUACCAUUUGAACGUCCUGGUCCACCUAAUGGUCCAAUUAAAGUCGAUGCAAUAAAUCAAACUGGUUGUACAUUAACAUGGUUACCAGCAACUGAAGAUGGUGGUACAAAAAUAACAUGUUAUAUUAUUGAAGGUAAAGAAGUUAAUCGACAUUCAUGGACACAAUUAGAAAGUGUUUCUGGUAAUGAAACAACAGUUGAUAUAAGAAAUUUGAAAGAAGAUACAACAUAUGUAUUUCGUAUUAUGUCAAAAAAUAUUGUUGGUCUUUCACAACCACUUGAUAGUGAAGAUGUAAUAUUAAAACGACCAAAAACAGUUCCACAUGCGCCUGUACCAUUCUUUGUUAGUGAUAUUGAUAUUAGUAGUUGUACAUUAGAAUGGGAAAUACCAAAAUUUACAGGUGGAGAAAAUAUGCAAAUUAAAAAUUUUCUUAUUGAACAACGUAUUGGUGAUAAAGAAUCAACACCAUGGAAAGCUGUUGCUGAACCUGAUCCAUAUGUAACAAGUGCUUCGAUUGGACAUUUGAAAGAAGAAAAAGAAUAUUAUUUCCGUAUUAAAGCUGUUAAUGAACUAGGAGAAUCAAAACCAACAGAAUUAACAAGACCAGUUAUUCCACGUCAAAAGAGUGCUGUUCCAUCAGCACCUAUUGGUCCUAUAAGUGCUUUAAUGAUAACACGUGAUUCAAUAACUAUUAGUUGGGGACCAUGUAAGGAUGAUGGUGGAGCCGAACUUAUUGGUUAUGUUGUUGAAAAACGUGAUGCAACAAGAACAGUUUGGCAACGUGUUGGAUAUAAUGAUCCAAGUACAUUUACAUAUGCAGCAAAAGAAUUAAUUGAAGAUGUUGCAUAUCAUUUUCGUGUAUUUGCUGAGAAUUCAGUUGGAAUGUCACCACCAUUAACAACAGUUGAUCCAAUUGUUGCUAAGAGUCCAUAUACACGUCCAGAUAAACCUGAAGGACCAUUAUUAACAAAGAUUGUUUCAUCAAAUUCAAUUGAAUGUUCAUGGCAACCACCAUUGCAUGAUGGUGGUACAACAUUAACUGGUUAUUCAAUUCAAAGACGUGAUAUAUCAAGACCCAUUUGGGUUACAGCUGGACAUGUAUCUGGUGAUAUAUGUCGUUUUACAAUAAAAGAUUUACCUGAAGAAGGUUCUUAUGUAAUUCAAAUCUUUUCAGAAAAUUCUGAAGGACAAUCAUUAGAACCAUUGGCAUUAGAACAACCUGUCAAAUUAUCACGUAAAAUUGAUGUACCUGAACCACCAGCUAAACUUGAUGUUAUAGCUAAAAGUGAUUCAUCUAUAACAUUACAAUGGGAAUCGUCACGUAACGAUGGUGGUAGUCCAUUAACAGAAUAUCUAUUAGAAAUGCGUGAAAAGAAAGGUAAAAAUACUGAAUGGGUACAAGUACAAAUUUUACCACCCAUCGCAACAAGUUUUCGAGUAACAAAACUCGAUGAAAAUCUCUAUUAUAAUUUCCGUAUUAAAUCAGCAAAUGCUAUUGGAUAUAGUGAACCAAAAUCAUUGGAAAAAGCUGUAAAACCACAAAAACAAAGUGAACCUCCAUCUAUGCCUGGUAAGCCAUUAGUAACGACAAAUCAUGAUCCAACAUCCAUAGCUAUAUCAUGGAAACCAUCAUUAUCAAGUGGUUCAAGUGAUCUUGCAGGAUAUAUUAUUGAACGUCGUGAUGCACUUAAAGCACAUUGGAUUCCAGUAAAGAAAGUUUCAACAAGUCAGUUCAAUCUUGUUAUCUCAGAAUUAACUGAAGGUUCAAGUUAUUAUUUCCGUGUAUGUGCAUUGAAUGAAGAUGAUCUUCAAAGUGAAUGGCUUGAAUUAGAUACAGCUGUUCUUUGUCGAAAUCCAUAUGAUGUUCCAUCACCACCAAAAAAUCUUGUUGUCAAUGAAAUUAUUGGACAAACAGUACGUAUACAAUGGGAUGCACCUGAAUCUGAUGGUGGUAAACCAAUACGUGCUUAUAUUAUUGAACGACGUGAUACAAACCGAACAACGUGGUUAAAAGAAGGACGUAGUAAAACAACAACAUAUGAGAUUGAAAAUUUACCAUUAAAUGCUCAACAUUUAAUACGUAUUACAGCUGAAAACGAAGAAGGGUUAUCAGCAUCUUGUGAAAUUGAUAGACCUGUACAAAUUGAUGCCAAAGAUAUUUCAUUACCAAAACCACGUGAUGUUGAAAUUGGUAAAGUUAAAGGUCAAUCAAUAACAUUAACAUGGUUACCAGCUACAGGUUCAUUACAAGAUAAAACUGAUACAAUAUCAUCUUAUAUUAUCGAAGCAUGGAAUUCUGAAGAACGUUCAUGGCUUGAAUUAGAUAAAGCUGAUGCAAGUGAAACAACAUAUACACGAACAGAUUUUAAAACAGAUUUAUCUUAUCAAUUUCGUCUUCGAACAUUAACACGUAAUGGUCGACGUUCAUCACCAACACGUGAAACGCAAGUUUUAUCACUUAAACGUACAAUUGAACCACCAGAUACACCAGAAAAUUUAACAAUAACAGAAGAAACUGAUGAUGGUAUAACACUUAAUUGGCGUGAAAGUUCAAAAACUAAACGUUAUAUUAUUGAAAAACGUGAAGCAUCGAAAAAAGUUUGGGUACCAGUUGGUGAAUCAACUGGAACAAGUAUUCGUGUUGAACAUCUUAUGCGUAAUAGUCUAUAUGAAGUACGUGUUUUUGCUGAAAAUGCAUCCGGUGAUCGUUCCAACAAUGCAGGAACAUUAUCAUUUCAAUUUAAAGGACGUCAAGUACCUCCUGGUUUAUGUGAACAAUUGAAAGUUAAACAGCAUAGUCCUACAGCAUGUAUACUUACAUUUUUACCACCUAUUGAUACUGGUAAUGCACCUAUUCGAAAUUAUAUUGUUGAAAAACAAGUAAUGGGUCGUUUAACAUGGCAAACUGUUAAUGAUUCAUUACAAGCAUGUACAUGUCUUGUAACUGAUUUAACACCUGAUACACAAUAUAAAUUACGUGUAGCUGCAUCAAAUGAAUUUGGACAAGGAGAAUUUAUUGAAACAGAAACAAUACAUAUUAAAGAACAAAAUAUUCCACCAUCGAAACCUGUUAAUUUAACUGUAACAGAUAGUACAUAUACAUCUAUUGAUGUUAGUUGGUUAUGUCCACGUGAAUAUGGUUCUAAACCAAUAAAACAUUACGUACUCUAUCGACGUUCAACAAAAUCUGGUUCCGAAUGGAAAUUAAUUCAUCGUUUAAAUCGUACACAACUUUCUUAUACAUUUGAAAAUCUUGAUUCGUCAUUAUCAUAUUAUUUACGUGUUACAGCAGAAUCUGAUGCUGGUGAAUCUGAACCAUGUGAAUUACCAUCAGCUGUAUCACCGAAAAAGAAAGCUAAACCACCUCCAAUAGUUGAUCAUGUUUUUGUUCGUACAAUUGAUGAUGGAAUUAUUAGUAUUCAAUGGAGUGGUUUAGAUUCUGAUGACAGUACACAAUCGGAACAAAAUAUUAAUUUACUUGGAUAUAUUGUUGAAAUGCAUGAUGGUAGAGACUGGGUUGAAGUUGAACGAACAACGAAUGAAACACGUACAUGUACAGUUACACAUUUAAGACAAGAUAUUGAUUAUAAUUUUCGUGUAUCCGGUUAUAAUCGUAUAGGACAAGGUCGUUCAAAAGAAAUUGAUACACCUGUUAAAGCUAAAUCACCAUUUUCGAAACCAGGUCAACCAUUAGGUCCAAUUAAUAUAACAAAUGUAACACGAUCAACAGUUGAUUUAAGUUGGGCACCACCUUCAAAUGUAAAUGAUAUUCCAAUAACACAUUAUUUUGUUGAAAAACUUCGUGAUGGUAUUUGGAUUAAAGUCGGUCGUUUACCACCAACAUCAACAUCGCUAAAAGUUUUUAAUUUAAUUGAAAAUAAAGAUGUAUUAUUUCGUGUAUCAGCUGAAAAUCGUUUUGGUGUUAGUGAAUCAUUAUUAUCAUCAGUUAUUAAACCUAGUCGAUUAUUAGAAACGAAAGCAACAGCAAAUCUUGAAUCAACAGCUGCUAGUUAUUUUGAAAAGAAUUUAGAUCAUAAUGAUUUUAAUUUUGUUUUAUAUAAUGAUAGUCCACCAUCAACAACAUUUGAUGCAUUAAAAUUUGGUGAUGAUAUUGAAGAAUAUAUUAAAAGUGUUUGGUAG